AAACUCCAUCACCGCCCACUGCCGCUACCACACUCUCCACGCCAGCAAAAGCCAAGCGAGCAGAGCCUUGCGACUCAAAUUGCAUCUUGGUCUCACAAUUGUCUGGGCAACGUCGUUGGUGCGGCAACCUGUGCCCAUGAUGUCACCCUUGCGAGCCUCAUUGCGUCUGCGCGUACCAGCGCAAGCCCAUCUCCACUCCAUCCUUACCCAACGUAACGCCGUUCCUUCUACACGAAUCCCCUCGCGCACCUACGCCACCGCCCCUCAAGAUAGUUCCAAAUCCACUUCGCAAGCGCUCGGAGCUUCUCAAGACGCUCAGAAAUUGGCGGCAGAUGCAGCAAACUUGAAAAAGGAGCAUGUGAAGGAGGAAGUUAGAAGUGGCGUUGCUCAGAUCAGAGGAGAAGCUGAGGAAGCUACACGAGCUGCAGAGAGCAAUGUGCAGAGCGGAUCUGACAAGGUGCAAGCUGCUGCUAAGAAUGCGAAGUCUACGUACGCCGCUGGUCCGUCCUUUGGCGGCAGUGGAGGUAACGGCAGCAGCGGUAGUGGAAGCGGUGUCGUGUCGAAGUUCACAUCUCUGCUGAAGUGGACUCUCAUCAUCCUUGGCGGAUCUUAUGUAGUCGCGUACCACCUCGACAGCAGAUCCGCUAUUCAUCGGUGGGUAGCUAUCCCUGUCCUGCAACUCAUCGCUAGUCCUGAGGAAGCGCAGAAGCUGGCAAUCAAGCUCCUCAGCAUGGGCGUCAUGCCCAGAGAUCUCGGCACAGACGACGAAGUGCUGAAAGUCGAGCUCUUUGGAAAGCAAUUGUCGAACCCGAUAGGUUUGGCUGCGGGCUUUGACAAGCAAGGAGAAGCGAUUGAUGGCCUGUUGAACUUGGGGUGGGGAAUGGUGGAGAUCGGAUCCGUUACGCCUCUUGCUCAACCCGGCAAUGACUUGCCUCGCUACUUCAGAUUGGAAAACGAUCGGGCAGCAAUCAAUCGCUUCGGUUUCAAUUCGGACGGUCAUGAUGCCGUCUUGCACAGGUUGAGGGAGCGAUUAAGCAGGUGGCUGCAUUCGAGCGGAACCAUCAACGAUGUGAGAGUCCCCAUCACCUCUGGACAAGCGGCGGAUGAGAUUCUCGCUAGGAAUCCCGACAUCGGACCGGCCUUACUUGACGCCUCUGGGCUUCCGCGAAGCACCAAGCCAGGUCAGUUGCUUGGUAUCAACCUUGGAAAGAACAAGUCUUCUGCGGCUGAAGAUGUGUCGGACUACGAGGUCGGUGUGCAAAGUCUGGGCAGGUACGCCGAUUUCCUCGUUAUCAACAUCUCAUCUCCCAACACUCCGGGAUUGAGGGCUUUGCAGAGGUAUCAGACUUUGACAAGGUUGCUGUCAGCGGUAGUCAAAGCUAGAGACGACUUGCCGACUCCCAGGGCGCCUCUUCUCGUCAAGAUUGCGCCCGACCUUUCCACUCAAGAGCUGCACGAUGUAGCCGACGCCGCGCUCAGCGCCAAGAUUGACGGGCUCAUCAUUUCCAACACGACGGUUUCGCGACCGGAGACGCUCAAGAGCGCACCGCACCUGAUCGAAGAGACUGGAGGUCUUUCGGGACCGCCUCUGAAAACCUUAGCUCUGCGAGCCCUGCAAAUCGUGAGGGAGAGGGCGGGAGACAAGCUACCGCUGGUGGGGUGCGGAGGCAUCUCGUCCGGCGCUGAUGCGCUCGAUUUUGCCAGAGCGGGAGCGAGCGCUGUGGAGCUGUACACGUCUUUUGGCUACGAAGGAGUCGGUCAUCCCAGGCGCAUCAAGGACGAAUUGACGUCGUUGCUCAAAGCUCAAAACACAACCUGGGCAAAAUCUAUUGGCGCUGGUCUGCCUUCGCGAGAAGAUGCGCAGGGCAAAUUGCCGAGUGGGGAACAGGAAAUACAAGUCGUGGGAGGGACGGCACAGCGGUUGGACAGUGUGAGAGCUGGCAUCAAGGGCGAAUUGGAAGGUUUGAGAAAGGCUUUGGGAGGAUCCGCAACGCGGGAAACGAGAGCGGCGGCUUUCAGACCCGACCCGAAAGAUUCGGCAUACGUGUCGCUGCUGGACAGGGUACAUGCCGUCUUGGGCACGGACUACCCAUCGCAUGAAGCCGACAGCGCCGGAGACAUUUUGGACCCAUCGCAAGAGAGUCUCAGCUCUUCAAGCACGAUCGAGGCCCUCAAGGGUGCUUCCAGGGCUUCGACACAAAAGACGACGACGAGAGCUCAGGAAUUGCAACAAGACUUGGACGAAGCGUUGUUGGAUCCUUCCUUUAUCAGUGCAGGACUGCCCAGCGCGGACAACUACAGCGUCAGACCUCGCAGCAGGAUCACGACGCGAAGAGAUGAGCAUAUUGAUGCGGGGGCUGGGCGCACGUCGGUUGUGGGAGAAGGCUUGGCGAAGAAAGUGAGCGAGGAGGUGAAGAGUGUCAAGGGAGAAGUGGAGAAGGGAUGGAAAGAGGCCAAGGCGACCUUGCGUGCCUCUACUCCCACCCAGCUCGAGGGUGAUGCGAAAAGUUGGAAAGAGGCCGAUACGAGACGUCGGGUCUGAGAAAAGCGCAAACACUUUCAAUGCAUCAGGUUCGCGCCUUCUUCAAUGACGUACGCGCCCCGAUUGGCUUCUUUUGCUUGGGCCGAAGCGUCCGCGUUUGUCCAAGCAUGCCUCGUGCUGCAACGGCC